AUGGCUCAGGUGUGCACUGGUACAGAUGUGGAGCAACCUUUUGUGAAGCCUCUGUUUUGUAGGAAAGGAGCUCUCAGGCAGAAACUAGUGCAUGAAGUCAAAAGCCACAAGUUCACGGCCAGAUUCUUCAAGCAGCCAACAUUCUGCAGUCACUGCACUGACUUCAUUUGGGGAAUUGGAAAACAAGGUUUCCAGUGCCAAGUUUGCAGCUUUGUGGUUCACAAACGAUGCCAUGAAUUUGUCACAUUUGAAUGCCCUGGUGCCGGUAAAGGACCACAAGCAGAUGAUCCCCGCAGUCGACAUAAGUUCAAGGUCCACAGCUACAGCAGUCCCACAUUCUGUGACCACUGUGGUUCACUUCUUUAUGGGCUGGUCCACCAGGGGAUGAAAUGUGCUUGCUGUGAAAUGAAUGUGCAUAAACGGUGUGUUCAGAGUGUGCCCAGUCUUUGCGGUAUGGAUCAUACUGAGCGUCGGGGUAGGAUGCACAUCAGGGUGGAAGCAAUACAUGAUGAAGAGUUCCAGGUCACAGUUGUUGAAGCUCGAAAUCUCAUUCCUAUGGAUCCCAAUGGUUUGUCAGAUCCUUAUGUAAAGCUGAAGCUGAUACCAGAUCCAAAGAACCUCACCAAACAGAAAACCAGGACAGUCAAGUCAACUCUUAAUCCUGUUUGGAAUGAGUCUUUUAUAUUUCCGUUAAAACCAGGUGAUGAAGACAGGAGGCUAUCGGUAGAAGCCUGGGACUGGGACCGCACCUCACGAAAUGAUUUCAUGGGCUCCAUGUCAUUUGGUGUCUCAGAAAUAAUGAAGAAUGCUGUGGAUGGCUGGUACAAGUUAUUGAACCAAGAAGAAGGCGAGUAUUACAAUGUGCCUGUAUCUGAUGACGCUGAUGACUUUGGACUCCGGCAAAAGUUUGAGGCGUGCAAUUUCCCUCUUGAACUUUAUGAGAAGGUGAGAAGAGGUCCAGGGCCGAGCCCAAGUCCUACAGACUCCAAACGCUUCUUUGGCAUUAGUCGCUUUCACAUCUCUGAUUUCAAUUUUCUCAUGGUGCUCGGCAAGGGGAGCUUUGGAAAGGUCAUGUUGGCUGAGAGACGGGGGUCAGAUGAACUUUAUGCAAUCAAGAUUCUAAAGAAAGAUGUCAUUAUCCAGGAUGAUGAUGUAGAAUGUACCAUGGUAGAAAAGCGAGUGCUGGCGCUUUCUGACCGACCUCAUUUUCUCACGCACCUCCAUUCUACAUUUCAGACUGUGGACCGCUUGUAUUUUGUUAUGGAGUACGUGAAUGGGGGGGAUCUUAUGUACCACAUCCAGCAGGUGGGCAAGUUCAAGGAACCUCAUGCCAUGUUCUAUGCUGCUGAGAUUGCCAUUGGACUCUUCUUUCUACACAAUAAAGGCAUCAUUUACAGAGACUUGAAGCUGGAUAAUGUUAUGCUGGAUGCAGAAGGACACAUUAAAAUCACUGACUUUGGUAUGUGCAAAGAAAACAUAUUCAGUGGGUCCACAACACGUACGUUCUGUGGGACGCCAGACUACAUUGCUCCAGAGAUUAUAGCCUAUCAGCCCUAUGGAAAAUCAGUCGACUGGUGGUCUUAUGGAGUUUUACUCUAUGAAAUGUUGGCGGGACAGCCUCCAUUUGAUGGGGAAGAUGAAGAUGAAUUAUUCCAGUCCAUUAUGGAACAGACUGUCUCUUAUCCUAAGUCAAUGUCCAGAGAAGCUGUCUCAAUAUGUAAAGGGUUGCUUACAAAACACCCUCUGAAGCGUCUUGGCUCCGGUGCUGAUGGAGAACGUGAUAUACGUGACCAUGCUUUCUUCCGCUGGAUUGACUGGGAGCGUCUUGAACUAUUAGAAAUCCAACCACCUUUCAAACCACGUCCUUGUGGGAAAAGUGGAGAGAAUUUUGACAAGUUCUUCACCCGAGCUCCUCCUGUGCUUACACCUCCAGACCAAAUGGUCUUGGCCGGCAUUGACCAGAGUGAAUUUUCUGGAUUCACCUACAUUAAUCCAGCAUUUGUCCACACUAAUCCACACUCUAAUCCACACAGCCCAGUGCCCAUAUCUCUGGUGUGAACCCUCUGUGUAUACUGCGAGGAACGCAAUUGAAGGAGGCCUUCUUGAUCAGCUCCCAUCCUUUUACCAGCAUGGUAUUCUCUUUGUUUAGGCUUUCAAAGCAACUUCUGCCUCAUUCAUAUUCCUCCUUCCCUACCUGCAACUCAGACAGGCACUCAGUGUUGUAACGUGCUGUGCGGGGAACAGGAUGCUACAGUGAAUCCAUUCCUU